GGUGCUGGCCCUUCAAAUUCCUGUAUUUUAAGGCUUCUCAGCAUUUUCUUAGGAUGGGACACUGACCAUUACCAGCCAUUUCCCACAUCCAUGUUUUAAUUUACCUUUUUAAAUAUUAUUUCUUUUAGAUACAAUGGAGAAGCCUUCCUUAGAAAUUAAUCUGCCUGAUACUCAUGAAGAAGGAAAACUUUAUGUAGUUGAUUCUUUAAACAACCUAAACAAACUAAAUGUUUGUCCAGAUGAAUCCCAGCAUGCUCUAGCAGAUGAGGAAGAGAACAGUGAUGGUAUUGGAGAAAACACAGCAGGGAGCAACAUAAGGAACCAGAAUCUGUUCUUCGUCACAUUUAUUCUGACUUUGAUCAUCAGUUUGGCCCUUGUUUCAUUUGUAAUAUUCUUAAUAAUUCAAACUAGAAGCAAGUUGGACCAAAUAUCAAGCAGACUAAUAUUUGAAAAGAAGAACAUAGAAGACCUUAAGAAAAUGCACAACAUGUUAUUAAAGCAUCUAAAUUGGUCAGGAAUUAAGGAAAACAAGAGAUACCUCUUCACGCAGUCUCCUGUUCUCCAUGAUUACCUCUUUACUCAUGCUGAGCCGACAGUCCCUGAAGAAUAGAUCUUCUUUGGAAUGAAAUUCAGCAUAUUCAUGUACUCACAUAUGGCACACAGGUUACUUAGACAUUCUGAUAUGAUCA